GGUUAGCGGGUGUGUUUCAGACCAGGUUAGCGGGUGUGUUUAGACCAGGUUAACGGGUGUGUCUCCCUCUCAGGUGACCCUGGGGAAGGUGUUGAAGGCGAUCGUUGUCAUGCGUUCCCUGUUCAUUGAUAGAACCGUCGUACGAGGAUUUAACGAAAAUGUUUACAAUGAGGAUGGAAAGCUGGACAUCUGGACAAAGUCUCAGUACCAGGUGUUCCAAAAGGUAACUGACCACGCCUCCACCGCCCUGCUACACUACCAGCUGCCUCAGAUGCCCGACGUGGUGGUCAGGUCCUUUAUGACCUGGUUGCGGAGCUACAUUAAACUCUUCCAGUCUUCCUGUCAGCGCUGUGGUCGUUUCCUGCAGGACGGACUUCCUCCAACAUGGAGGGACUUUAGGACCCUGGAGGCAUUUCACGACACCUGUCGCAUGUGAAGAAUCACUUCCUGUUUAUUUGUUUACGGACUAAAUUCUUUUUGUACAAACAAGUUUGAAUAAAGUUGGAUUAUAAUGUUUUUACAGUUGUGUAUUUUUCAUAUUUUCAAGUAUGAUCUUAAAGUUAAUUCAAACUUUCACUUAUUAUUAAUACCUUGUUAUACAUACUGACUGAACUCAAAUGGAUCAUUUAUUUUUUAUAACCAUAAAAAACACGAUUUUAUUAAGAUGCUGCUGAAUUGCAGCUGAAUUCUUUUUUCUAUUUCAUACAAUAUUCAAUAUAAAUGUACACAGUAAAAUCGACAGUGUCAAUGAAACACUUAAAGAGUCAAUUUUAACUGAUUCAGUGAACAUAUGGUGCCCAUCUACAGAGUGUUAAAGCUACACUGGACAUAGUGUUACAUUUUUAGAGUCAAUUUAACUCUGGUUAGAGUUAAUAUUUUACACUACACUACACUGAGAAGUGUUACUCAAAUUUGACACUAUGAUGUAAAUAGCACUCGUAGUGUUAUUUAAAUUUGACACUUGGUCUUUUUGAGUGUUAAUCAAAAUUAACUCUAAGUUACUCUUCAUGAGUGUUGGACCUACUUGACACCAAGUGUUUAAGAAAUUACUCUAAAUACAGUGUUGAUGUUUAACUGACUCCUGCAGUGUUAAAACAUAUUUACUCUCUUAGUGUAAUUCUUACCCAACACCUUAUUUUCAAUUUACUCCUUUUUAACUCUUCAACAGAACACUUUUAAGAGUUUUGCAUUUUCUACUUUACCAUGUCAGCUGACACUUCAAACAAUAAAACAAAAAAUGUUUGCAGGGGAAAAAACAAACACCAUUAUAUCCAUAUCU